ACAUUUCUUUUCUUCUUCCUCAAAUAAUUCAGUGUGUAUUAGAUUUUUCUUCAUGGGAUCCACACGCUUUGCAGUACCUCAUUAAACCCAGUAUUUUAGCUGUUCCAUGAAGUCCACAUUCAUUUCUAUAUAUCUUGCUCCACUGAUUAUGAAUCUCAGUAUCUCUUAAACAGAACCUUUCGUUUUUCUUCCCCUUUCUGCGCAUACUAACUCUUAUUUCUCUUGCAAAAACCUUUCUUUACACUUUCGGUCUUUAUCUUGCAAAGUAUGGCUGAACAGAUCCCAUUCGGCAUUGCACAAAACUUAUUAACAAAGCUGGCAUCAUCUGCCUUCCAAGAAAUAGGAUUGAUAUAUGGUGUCAAAAAUGAUCUUUGUGGGCUUGAAAAUACUUUCUCCACUAUUAAAGCUGUACUUCUAGAUGCUGAGAAGAAGCAGGCGAAGAGUCAUGCAGUGAAGAGCUGGAUAAAGAGACUUCAAGAUGUUGUCUAUGAUGCAGAUUACUUGCUGGAUGACAUGGCAACUGAAGGUUUGCGAAGAAAGGUUGAAGGUCAGGGAAGAAUGGUGAGGAAGGUAUGCGACUUCUUUUCUUCCUCAAAUCAAAUUGCAUUUCGUUUUAAGAUGGGUCAUAGAAUCAAAGAUAUCAGAAAGAGGCUAGAUGAUGUCGCUAAAGAUAUCUCUACCUUCGGCUUUAUAACUAGCAACCAAGGUGUAGCUGAUAUGCAAGUUAUGAAUAAUUGGAGAGAGACAGACUCCUUUGUAUUGAAAUCAGAAUUCAUAGGAAGAGAAGCUGAUAAGGAAAAAAUCAUAGAAUCAUUGUUCAGUCCAAACAAUCAAAGCAAUGUUUCUAUAGUUGCAAUUGUUGGUUUUGGUGGCUUAGGAAAGACUGCCCUUGCCCAAUUAGUGUUUAAUGAUGAGAAAGUGGUGAAUUGUUUUGAUUUGAAAAUAUGGGUAUGUAUUUCCGAGGAGUCAAAUGUUCAAAUGCUAGUAAAAAUGAUCCUUAAAAGUGCAACUAGUGAUGAAGUGCUCAACUGGCCUUUGGAACAGUUGCAAAUCCGUCUUAGACAACAUUUAGAAGGAAAAAAAUACUUGUUGGUGUUGGAUGAUGUGUGGAAUGUAGAUUAUAGAAUUUGGGGUCAAUUGAGAAAAUAUUUGAUGGUUGGUGCAAUAGGAAGCAAGAUUUUAGUAACUACUCGUAGCAUGGGAAUUGCUUUAGCUAUGGAUGUAGACUCUCCAUAUGAAUUAGGGGGUAUAACAGAAGAUCAUUCAUGGGAUUUAUUUGAGAAGCUAGUAUUUAGAGAGGGAACAAGUAGAGUGAAUCCAAAUUUAAUAGAAAUAGGGAAAAAAAUUGCAAAGAAGUGCAAAGGAGUUCCACUUGCAAUUAGAGCUUUAGGAGGUAUAAUGCAACUAAAAAGUAGAGAAAUAAAUGAAUGGUUGUUUGUCUUGGAAAAUAAGAUAUGGAAGUCGUUUGAGGACGAUAGUGAUGUUGGUCCAGUAUUGAAAUUGAGUUAUGACCACUUGCCAUAUCAUUUAAAGCAAUGUUUCACAUAUUGUGCAAUGUUUCCUAAGGAUUAUGAGUUUGAUAAGGAGACGUUAAUUCAAUUAUGGAUGGCACAAGGUUAUGUUCAAUGUGGCAGUCAAAGUGGAAAUGAAAGUUUAGAGGAGAUUGGCGAUGGAUACUUCAAUGAAUUAUUAUUUAGGUCAUUUUUUCAAAAGGAUGAGUAUUGUUAUAAAAUGCAUGAUCUCAUCCAUGACCUUGCACAGUCAAUAGCAGGGGAUAGUUGUUUUGUAGUAAAUGAUACUACUAAAGAUAUUCCUGAUAGAGUCCAACAUGUGUAUUUUGAGGGGCUGCCUUCUAAGGAAUGCUUGAGAAAGUUCAAAAACAAGGGGUUGAGGACACUAUUUUUUUCUGGCCAGUUAGAUAUAAAUUUAGAUAGUAUUAUUUCAAAUUGUAGAAGUUUAUGUGUAUUGAGUGUACGUGGGUGGCAUAUCCAUGGAUUGCCAGAUUCAAUUGGAAAGUUGAAGCACUUGAGGUAUCUUGACAUCACAGAAAAUUAUUUUGUCAAAUCACUUCCAAACUGUAUUUGUAGUUUGUAUAAUUUGCAAACUCUAAUACUCACAAAAUGUGGGUAUCUUAGAGAAUUACCGAGAGACAUAAGAAAAUUGAUUUGUCUUAGAAGUCUCAUGAUUGAUGAAUGUAAUAGGCUUGAAUACAUGCCAGUGGGGUUAGGGAGAUUAACUAGUCUGAAAAGAUUACGUAGUUUUAUUGUGGGAAGGGAUCAAGGAAGGAGAUGUGCCACGUUAAAUGAAUUGAAUAGCCUAAAUCAGCUUAGUGGUGAAAUUUCCAUUCACGGACUAGAAAAUGUGAAAAGUGCUGCGUUGGAGUCCAACCAAGUAAAUCUCAAGGAAAAGAAACACCUUCACUCCUUGGAUUUGUAUUUCUAUUGGGAUGGCACGGGAGAUAUUGAUAGUGGAAAUAGUGAGUUGUUGUUGGAUAACCUACACCCUCACCCUAACUUGAAACAAUUGUAUGUUAAUCGGCACUAUUGGUGCAGCUACGGAGGUUUGAGGUUUUCAAAUUGGCUUUCUUCUAUCACAAAUCUUGUCGAUAUUGAUAUAAGAAAAUGUCCAAAAUGCGAGCAUCUACCACCGUUGGAUCGUCUCCCUUCUCUGAAAUCUCUCAGACUUGACGAGUUCAAUUCACUGAAUUAUAUAUCGGAUGAGAUGGCAGAAUCUUCCUCUUUUUCAUCUGCAUCAACAACAUUCUUCCCAUCCCUAAAGAUUCUUCAACUCUUUGACUGCCCUAAUCUGAAAGGGUGGUGGAGAACAUGUAGGGACGCUGAGCUAGUGCCUCAAUUUCCUUGUCUUUCUGAAUUAGAGAUUUGGAAUUGCCCUAACCUGACUUUGAUGCCAACAUUUCCAUCUCUGGACAUGGAGCUGUGUCUUUCAAAUGCCAACAUAAGACCAUUGCAUCAGACAUUGAAGAUUAAGAUAAUGACUGCAACGGCUUCCACAUUACCAUCAACCUCUUCCUCAGUUACUGCUUCAUUUUCCAAAUUAAAGUCUUUGUAUUUAGAAGACAUUGAGGAUCUAUCAUCUCUACCUGGAGAGUGGAUGCAGGGCCUCAUCUCCCUUGACAAUCUUAAUGUUUCUAUGCUAUCAAAUCUGGUGUCUCUACCGAGGGAGCUUCGAUAUGUUACCACCCUGCGGCGUCUCGGAAUCUGGAGUUGUUCUAAUUUGACGGCUUUGCCGGACUGGAUGGGCAACCUCACAUCACUUGAAUAUCUAGACAUCGAUAACUGCCGCAAAUUGGAAUCGCUACCAAAAGUAAUGCGUCAAAUGACCACUUUACAACGGUUGAGAAUUUUUAAUUGCCCCCGUUUGUCUGAAAGAUGCGGACACGAUAUGGCUGCAGAUUGGCCCAACAUUUCUCACAUCCCAUAUAUCAUGAUAGAUGCGCAUCAAAUUCAAGAGCGUGGCCGCUAUUUAUUGGAAGAAGAAGGAGACUCCUCUGCUUCCACCGAGGUACAACUAUAGAAGAAUGAUUCUACUUAGCUUUGACUAUCCAUGGGAUGGUAGAACAUAUUGCUAGCUCCAACAACAGAAUUAUAUGUUGCACACAGCAAACCUUUUUCUACUUCAGAAUUUUAGAAAGGGAAUAGAAGCAAAUGAUGUUUGUCCUGCAACAGAUGAUAUUUGGAUUUUGGAAGUUGUAAAUUACUUUAGGAUCUACUCUUCUAAUAGGAUUCAGGAAUGAAGCAAUUUUGAACUUGAAGCUUAUAUUGCACAUACUUCCUUUUUCCAUGAUUACAAAGUAACAAAUUAAAGGUUAAAUUGACAUGAAAAGGAUCAUCAGCUGCUUCUACAAGGUGUCUCUCUCCAUCUGGGCUGGAAGGAUGUUGAUAACUUGAAUUAACUCUUACAAUAGACAUUUAGAAUCCAUGUUGCAUUUUUGGAGGCAAUGAGAAUCUGCAUUCUGUCUAAAUUCUGUCAAUUACCACAUCUCUACCCCUUCGAGAAUCAAGAAGCUAGCGACUGCAGGGUGCAUUGGAAUGUAUCAUUGAUGAUGAUGAUGGAUCACAAGUCACAACUCACAACUCACCACGAUGUCAUGUUCGCCGAGCCAUCAUGCUGCAAUCCAGCCACUUUGGAGUUAGGACCAUGGAAUGUAUUGUCACCUCCAACACUUCUGAUGUUGCGUCAUUCUGAUGUUUUCAUUUUCUUAAAGCAGUUAGCUUUGAAUUAUAUUUUAAUCUAUCCUGACUGUUUUUUCUGAAUUUAAUGCAAUAUAUCCAUGCGCUAAUCCUUGCAGGAAUACAACCUGGAGCAAGGUCGGAUAUCAAAGCAACAGAUCCUAAAACGUGGAGAACUUCCUCUGGGAAAAUGAGGCUAAAAUUCUUAGAUUUUUGUAAGAAAUUUAUGUGCUGCUACAAACUAUGGAAAAAAGCGCAUCUAGUAAUGUCUAUUAGCAUCCGCUUUCAUGUAGGCACAGAGCAAGUGUGAGUUUACAUGAAAUGUAGGUAUCAUAUGCUUUUAAUUAUUUUGUCAAUUUAUUUUUGUCAAAAUGCUUGGUUUUGUAAUUAUUUCACUAUCUCAGUUGGUUUCUUCCCUUAACCAUCUGAGCAUUAGGUUAUAAAGGGAGCUUAACAGAGUGCAUCUUGCACACAUUCAAUCUCUGCAAUCACUCACCAGUUCCAAAGUUUAUGAGUUGGGAUGGUCUGCCAGCUUUACACUGGUAUAUACAUUUCUGGAUCUAGCUUUACACUGCCAGUUCCAAAGUUGCUUUGCCAUUGGUUGUGUUGCAAAGGAGAAUUCUUAACUGUUUCUACAGGUUGCAUGCGCUUUCACGGCCUACUGGAAAAUCUUUUAGCAAACAGUCUCUAAUUUUAUUAUACCUUGUGCAUCUAAGUGUAGAGCAAAUGUUCUUUCUCUUGGUGCUGCAAUUUGGUGAAACUCCCACAUCUUUGCUCGAAAGAGAAACAGUGAAAUGCAACUCUGAGCCAUUGAACAAGAAAUACAAACAGCUACUAUGAUAGAGGAUUUGUCACUUGUCAAAUUGUAUAUAAUUAUAAAGGCAAGGUAAAAUUCAGAUGAAAAGAAUCAUCAGCUACUUCGACAAGACAUAUGCAGGGCUUUAUCUGGUAAGUAAAUCAACUACCCGCUUUGUUAUAUCUUCCCUUUUAUCUUUCAAGUUUGUCUCUGUACUAUAUGCAGGGCUGGAAGGAAGUUUAUAAAACUCUUGGAACAGACAUUUGGAAUCAAUUUUUCAUUUUCAGAAGCAAUCAGAAUUUCCAAUAGAAAUCAGGAAACUGAUUGUAUAUAUCAGCAAAAUGGGAAAAUGGAAAGAGAAAACGAGGAAGAGGUUGAAAGAGAACGAAACAGAGAGAGCGUGUCCUCGGUGACAGAACAGAGAGGGCUUGAGAGAGAGACCCCCGAUAACUCCACUCAUCUGCAGCCAAAUUCCGGACAUCAAUUACCGGGAAAACGAUCCAAAAAUCAGAUUUUGAAGCUUUUUAUUUUUGAGAGAGACGGCGUUGCUCGUCAUUGCCAUCUUCUCUUCCCCUCAUUGGCAUCUUCUCUUUGACACAAAUAGUUGGUGGCGGUAGAAGUGGAUACAACAAAGACAAAUGAAGUAAGUAGACUAGAAGAACAAUUAAUCAUCAUUAGAUGGAGUAACUAGGCACAUUAAUUAGAUGGGAAAAUUAAUAUGAAUUUUGAAUUUUGCUAGAUUUAGUAAUUGAUUACUAUUAACAAACAUUUUCAGAGUGAGUUACAAAACUUUUAUAUGUUCAUUCAAUAUCUUGUAUUUUCUUUUUGUCGAAUUAAUGAGUUAUACAGUUUUCAUAGGUAAUUUUUAUAA